AUGCGGCCAUGGGCCGUUCCGGCAAUAUCUCCGAUCAUAAUCUUCCUUUUUCAUUGUGCAAUGGCGUCGGAUUCGGUGACCGAGUACUCGUUGGGCGAUCAGAAUAUUGUCUACGAACUGGAACCCAUGCUGUGGAAUAUCAGUGGUAAGGUUUUUUAUUUUAUUUUCUUUUUUUGAUUUUUUGAAGUUUUUUUUAAAAAAUCAAAAUUAAAAAUUAAAAAAUAUUUUUUUUUAAUUUUCGAUAUUUUUUCAUUUUUUAGCUGUUUUCGGCGUUUUUCUAUUUUUUUAAAAAUUAUUAUGGUAAAUUUUUUUAUUUUAGCAUAUUUUAAAAUUAAUUUUUUUUUUGAUUUUUUGGUAUUUUUAAAAAUUUUUUUGUAUUUAUUUCAUAUUAUUUUAUUUUUUCAUUUAUUCUUUUUGAAUUUCCAGUGGGUUUUUUUAAAUAUUUUUGAUCAUUAAAGCAAUUUUUUUAUUUUUUAUUAAAAAUUUUUUAAAUUUUUAAAGUAAAAGAUAUUUUUUAUGACGUAUUUAAAAAAAAAUUUCAACGUUUUCAAUAAUUUCCAUUUUUUUUUUAUUUUUUCGUAUUUUAGAAAAUAAUAUAUUUUUUAUUUCAGCCUCUCCAUUUUUACGUGUAAAUAUCACCUUUAUGACCACUUACAAAACCGGUAGAAUUAUUACAAUCUUAGCCAGAUCUCCCGAUGACGUCAUUAAAAAUGUUUUUGUGGUGAGUUUUCAAAAUACGCGCAACUGAAUCAAACUUUCAAAAAUAUUAAAAAGUGUUAACGAAAAUUUUGGAAAAGGUAUCCAAAAGUAUCGUUGAUACUUUUAAAAAGUAUCAAAAGUGAUCCUUGUUUCUAAUCAUUUUUGUUUUGUUUUCAGGCGACAGUUCAAGUCAAAGACGAGCAUUUCUCAAUAAUUAUGCAGGACGACAAACAAAGAUAUCUAGUUCAUUAUCAAAACAAAGAUAGCAGUAAGUUGGCCACGCGUUUUACCGUUUUUUUUUUUGAAAAUAAAUCUUUUUUCCAAAAUAUUUUUAUUUAUUUUUUAAUCAAAAAUUACACUUUUUUAAAAUUUACAAGUACCUCCAAUGCAACGCUCAGAUUUUCUUGAAAUUUUUCACACACAUUUAGCAUAGAUCACACAUCAAUGUCUGAAAAUUUCAGCUCGCCUUUUGCAGGGAGAGCCGGGGUAUUCAACGAUCUUUGCGGACGAGAGAGUACGCGAAACGAGGAGAGCGGUCAGAGAAAAAACACUUUUUUUGCUGUAUCUUUCCCAGUUUGGCAAGGAAAAAAAUGAUUUUUUGUGCAAAUAUUACUCUCUACAGUAGAAAUAGACAUGAAAAUUUUCAUGGCAAAAUUUAAAAAAAAAAGUGUCACAUUUUUUCCAACUUUGGAUCUAAAAAUCUCGGUCAUUUCUGCAAAGCGCGGGCUAGAAAUCUCGCAUUUGGCUUAGAAAACAUUAUUCUAAAUUUGUGCCAAGUUUCAUCAAAAUCUGAGCGUCGAACUUGAAGAAAAAAAAAUUUUUUUAAAAUCAAAAAAUUUAAUUAAAAAAAAAUUUUUUUUAAUUCACCUUUUAUUGCCUUCAGUAUCAAUCGACGGCACUCAGAACACCUUUGUUUUUCUCUGGAAUCUCACCGCGAACGCCUUUACCGUCAAUGAUUACACAUUUACCGUAAAUGAGAAUACGGUUCUCAGCUACGAGCUUCUUCAAGUCCACUUGAAUAUCGGAAACUACGGGUCGUUGGAGGGUCUGCCAAGUGAGGGGACCAUCUCUAUCGCGGGCCUGGAAGAGGUGGAUGACGUCAUCGGCGAGACGAAUUCGACGCUCGAAGAGGCGACUUAUUUGGAUCGCCUUUCCAAGUUAUUGGUGAGAUUUUUUUGAGGUUUUAGUUGUGGGUCGUCAAGUUGCGUGGAUCCCUGUAAGCUUUGAAGUGCUUCACAGGGUAGGCUUUAGGCACGGUUUUGUAGCUGAUGAAGUCCACUUUUAAAACAUAUAUGGCAAGGUGGCAUAAGUUCAACCUGGGACCUACGCUGCAUUAAUAUUGAACUAGACAUUUGAAAAAAAUUUUUUGCCUGUUGACGCUUUGCAGAAGCCAGAAGUUGGAAAAAUGUGACGAUUUUUGAGGAAUUUUGGCAUGAAAAGUUUCAUCCCAAUUUCUACCGCAGAGGGAAAUGUAUCCACAACAAAUCAAUUUUUUCCGGCACGAAACUGGCAAAGAUAUGGCCGCAAAGUUCUCUUUCUCUCUCUCUCUGACCGUUCUCCUCAUUUCACGCACUCUCUCAGCAGCAAAGACCUAUGAAUAUCUCGGCUCUCUCUGCAAAACGCGAGCCAAAACUUUCAGAAAUUGAGAUGUAACCUGCGCCCAGAGUUUGUGCAAAAUUUAAAAGAAAUCUGUGUCAUUUUUAUUUUUGAAAAAUUUUUUGAUUAAAACGUUUGGUUUUGAAAAUAAAGCGAAAAAACGAUCUGCCGUAUUUUACAAAAAUAUAUUCAAUUUUUGCAAAUUUACAAAAAUUUUUUUCCCCAUUUCCAGCAAGCCAACAACAUCUCCGCCUCGGACAUCAUGGACAAGAUCAAGACGGUGGAGGACAAGGCCGACAAACGGCUCCGCCAAAUGUGUUCGGCGCACGAGAAGAGCCAGUGUUUGAAUGCGGUCGCCUGUAAACGCGACCCGAAAAGAUCGACCUUUACCUGUCACUGUAAAAAUGGGUAUGGCGGGACAUUUUGCCAGUUUUGUAAGCAAAUUUUGGUUUAAUUUUUGACUUGUUUUAAAAAGCUCAAGCAUCUUGAAAAACAUAAUAAAAGAGAUGUAAAAUACACCAAGAAGAAAAUGCUGAAUUUUGCAAAAGAAACCUGAAAAAAACGAAAAAAUUUGUCAGUAUGUCGGGAAAAUAAUGAGCACAAUUUCGCUUCGCCGAUGGCGUCGCAGAAGUGAAAAGCAAUUUGAUUUUCUCCACGACACAAUUCACUUUCUCGGCAGCGAUUCGAUUUUCGUUCCGACAGAGUUCUCAUUAUUUUCCCGACAAACUGAUUUUUUUUUUAAACAUUUUUGCCCGGCUCACGGGCCGGGCUAAAAUUUAUAGCCUGCAGUGACGGACCCUGUAGCAAAAAACGUACCCGGGAAGCAUCAAAAAAUGUGACAAAAUGCCUCCCUCUCUGGAGCGGGCGCGCUUUCGGAAUCCGAGUUUUUUCCACUUGGAGAGGGAAGUAUUUUGCUACAUUUUUUGAUACUUCCCGGAUGCAAAAUAGCACGUUUUUUGCCACUGGAUCUGAUCCGCCACUGUAAAUCGGUUGGAGGAGACCCUUGUUCCCAAUGGAAAACCUGGUCCAGUCCCAAAAAAAGUACCAUUCUGCUUCUGGGAAGUAUCAAAAAUGUGGCAAAAUACCUCACUCUCCAAGUGAAAAAAAACUCUGAUUUCAAAAGGACGCCCGCUUUGUUGUGGGGGAAGAAAGGUAGCGCCCUUCACAAGGGAGUUUUUAAGUUAGAGAUGGAGGCAUUUUGCCACAUUUUUGAUACUUCCCGGAUGCAAAAUGGUACGUUUUUGACGGCGGAAAAACACCUCUCGCACUGUGACAAAAGCCAGAAAUUGCACAGUGCAAAGCGAAAGUUUUGUUUUCUCAAAGUUAACGUCGCAAAGAUGACUCCAUCUACUAUUGUAAAAUGUGUCGAUUUUUAUUAAUGUCGCUAUUUAUUUUUCAGCCUUGUUCCCUCGAACCUGUCAGGAAAUAGUUGGCAACAACCAGACAGCGGGGGUCUAUGAGGUCGAUCUGGAUGGGUCUGGCCCCUCACCAGCGACUUUUGUGAGGUGUAGCGACAAAGGAGAGACAAUUGUGGAAACAAAUGUGCCUCAAAAUACGAUUAUAAGGUCUUUCAAAGAUAGUGGCAACAAAUACUAUCCUGUUAUGUAUCGGUAAGGGUUUUAAAUUUACAGGGGAAGUACCCCAAGUGCGACGCUCAGAUUUUGAUGAAACUUGGCACAAAUUUAGAAUAAUUUUUUCUAAGAUAUAUGCGAGAAUCCUAGCUCGCGCUUUGCAGAAACAACCGAGAUUUUUAGAUCGAAAGUCGGCCAAAAUUUAGGACUUUUUGCCGAAUUUCGGCACGAAAAGUUUCAUGCCUAUUUCUACCGUAAAGGAUAAUGUUUCUGCAAAAAAUCAAAUUUCUUCGCACGAAACUGCCAAAGUUAUAGCCAAAAAGCGUUUUUCUCUCUGACCGCUCUCCACGUUCAGCGUGCUCUCUCGGCGGCAUAAAUCGUCCGAUAUCUCGGCGGCGCCUGCAAAGCGCGAGCGAAAACUUUAAGGAAUUGAUAUGUAGUCCAUAGCCGACGUGUGUGCAAAAUUUAAAGAAAAUAUGAGCGUCGUACUUGGAGUACUUCCCUUGUUAAUAAAAUUCAAUUUUUGGAGCAAAAAAUUUUUGAAAUUCAAAAAAUUUCAAAAUUUUUCAGUCUCUUCUCCUACCAACAACUGGAGAUGCUGAAGGAAAUCAGCAGUCAUUGUGAGCAGCAAAUUUCCUAUACUUGCCUUGGGGCACCGUUAAGAUUUGAUCGGAAUGCAACUUGGUUCGAAAGCGCCGGCUUCGACUUCCCAAUUCGAACUCUGGGAACAGAAGGCCAUUAUAAAGGAUGUUCAUGCUCAGCUAGCGGAGAAUGCAGUGAGUUUUUCAAAUUUUUUAUUUGGAAAUUCGACAAAAUUUGGCAAAAAUCUGACUGGUCAAGUUGACCAAUCUGACCGGCCAACUUCAAAAACAGAUAAUUUUUUUAGAAUAUUUUGGUCAACUUAUCAGUCUGUCGAAAAAAUAAUGAACACAUUGUCGCUGUAACGAUCGCGUCGCUGAAGUGAAAAGCAAUUUGAUUUUGUCGCGAUACAAUUCAUUUUCUCGGAGGCGAUGCGAUUUUCGAUGCGACAGAGGGCUCAUUAUUUCCCGACAGACUGAUAUUGGGCCUUCAGGCAAAAAAAAUAUUUUUUCAUCACAAUCCUAAUCUGACCGGUCAAUUUCAAAAAAAGCCAAAAUUUUGACUUUUUUCGAGUUUAUCUAACUUUUUUUAUAAAAAGAAGAUUUUCCGACCAAAUAUAACAGUUUUUUUCGGUCACAUGCCCAAUCUGGACUGACAAGAUGACCAAUCUGACCGGCCGAGUUCAAAUAAAGGUCAAAAUUUUGAUUUUUUUCAAACUAGCCUGAAAAUUUUUUUCUGUCACAUGCCCAAUCUGACCGGUCAAGUUGACGAAUUUGACCGGUCAAGUUCAAAAAACUCAAAAUUAAAAAAUGAUUAGUUAGAUCUUAUGAUUGAAAUUUUUUCGGUCACAUGCCCAAUCUGGCUGGUCAAGUUGAAAAAAUCCAAAAAUAAAUUUUUUUUUCGAUAAGUCAGAUUUUCCGAACAAAAAAUCUCAAUGAUUCCUUUAAAUUUUGCACUAAAAAUCUCUCAUACUUUCGCCGUUUCCUCAAAAAAUUUUUUCAAAAAAUCUCAUUUUCAGCCUCCUGUUUCUGCGACUCCGCCGCCUCCAAUUCCACGGAUUCUGGUCGAUUUCUCAACGAAAAGUCGGGAGUCAUCAAAAUUUUCGCCAAAAAAAUCUUGCCCACGCCUGGCCAAGCCCUCCUAACUUUGGGGCCAUUGGUUUGCCACGGGGAUCGAGGGUUUUCCGACCAAUUCUCGUUCACUUUUCCCUCCACAACCGACUACAUCGAGUUGGGAUAUCGUGAAAACAUUCGCUCUAUUGAGUUCGACUUCCGGACCGCCCAAUGGAACGUGGCCAAGCUGGUGUCGGGCCAAGGCAAUCGGCAGAGCGACUUCUUUAUCGCGCUGGAGAACGGGCAUCGCUUGCGAUUUCGGUUCCGCAAGGACGAAAAAUAUAAUGUAACGGUCGCGUUGGAGGUGCCAACGCCGCUGAACGACUUGAAAUGGCAUCGCGUUUCGUUGGAGAUUGUGAAAGAGGAGGUCCGAUUGGGUGUGGACGGAUAUAACGGCUAUAAGAAGGCCGAGGAUUUCAUCGCGUUGUCGAUGAAGAUGUUUGUGGGCGGCUACAAGGAGCAGGGAAUGGUGGGAUGUGUGAGGAAUGUGAGGAUGAACCAGAAACUGGAAGCACCGGGAUUCAAGACGGGUGAGGAAAGGGUUUAAUAAAUAUUAUACAGGAUGCACCAAAAAAAAUGGUCAAUAAUAAAAACUGUUGUGUCUCGCCACGAAAAGCGUAACGAGUAGGGAAAAGGGGACCAUUAUGACUACAAACCAGUCACUUGCAGACUACUUAAAUGCCUUUUUUACUUCGACAAAACGAGACAUUUUGCUGCGAAAAAUCCACAUUAUUUUCCAGACACAGUGAUAGUCGGGUCAAAAACUUGAUAUAUUUUUUGACUCUUGUUUCUGAUCGGUUGGAAAUGCGGAAAGCUUUGUAGCCUAUGUUACAGUGGGGGGCCUGAUCCAGUGGCAAAAAACGUACCAUUUUGCAUCCAGGAAGUAUCAAAAAAUGUGGCAAAAUGCCUCCCUUUCCAACUAAAAAACUCCGUUUUGAAGGGUCCCUCACAAAAAGAGCGGGCGGGCUUUUAAAAUCGAAGUUUUUUCACUUGGAGAGGGAGGUAUUCUGCUACAUUUUUUUGAUGCUUCCCGGACGCAAAAUGAUACGUUUUUUGCCACUGGAUCAAGUCCGGCACUGUAGUCCGUUCACAAAGUCACUGUAACAUAGGCUACAAAGCUUUGCCGCAUCUUUCUCGACUGCGGUUGUUCGUUUAUAGACAGGUUUCGUUGGGUUCGUUGCUUCCACUGCAUUUUGUCUUGUUUAAAUGAAAUCCAUACACUUUGAGAAGGUUGAAUAUCAGUCUGUCGGGAAAAUAAUGUGGAUUUGUCGCAGCAUUCGUCUCGUCUCCAAAUCUCCAGCUGCGGUCAGCCGCCGCAAAGCGUUGAUGGGCAAUUCCAAGGCGUGAAGAAUCCACAUUAUUUUCCCGACAGAAUGAUAAGCUAACAUCGUAUCAUAAGAGAAAAACGGAAAGCCAAUUUUCGUGUUGAGAGGUGCCCCCUUAAACUAAUUACCACACGUAGUUUCAGGCGGCGUAAAAUACGGAUGCCCAGACUACUGUCAAAACUUGGAGUGUCAUGAAAGAAUGCAUUGCGUGGAAGAUUUGGUUAAUGGAACUGGUCAUUGCGAAUGCAAAAACCCUCUGACCCAAUACGGAGACCAAUGCGAGCAUGGUGAGUACAGUAACUGACGUUAAAUUCCGCUUUUCAGACAUCAACGCCAACUCCGAGAUCUCCUUCCACGACGCGAGUGCGGCGUUCGUUCAGUACGUCAACGACGAGCUGCCGGCGAACCCGCUGAACUCGAGUAUUGUGCUGUCGUUUCGGACGGACCAACGACAGGCCUUGUUGCUGUAUGCACACGACCAGUUCGACAAUUUCAUACAGAUUCAUCUGGAAAAUGAGUAUGAGCUGGUGUUGACGCUGAACAACGACACGGAAGUCAGGAGUUGUCGGAUUUCGGCGCGCUUGACGAAUGGUGGGUGAAUAUGUGAUUCUUAGCUUGGUAAAAAAGUUGGUAAAAAUUUGCUAAUUUGGCCAAAUUUUAACAUGAAAAGUUUUGUGUCUACUUUUAUUUUUACCGUAGAGGGUAAUGUUUCCAUAAAAAAUCAUUUUUUUCCGCACAAAACUGGCAAAGAUAUGGCCAAGAGGUGUUUUUUCUACAGUGGCGCACCUGAUCGAGUGGCAAAAAACGUGCCAUUUUGCAUCCGGGAAGUAUCAAAAAAUGUAACAGACUACCUCCCUCUCCAAGUGAAAAAAUUCCGAUUUCCAAAGCCCACCCGCCCUUUUUGUGAAGGAAGGGGCGCGCCUUUCAAAACAGAUUUUUUUUAGUUGGAGACGGAGGUAUUUUUCCAUAUUUUUUGAUACUUCCCGGAUGCAAAAUGGUACGUUUUUUGCAUCCCGGAAGGGACCAAAAUGACUCCAAAUCCUUCCCUUCUCUACGCUAAAAAACUCCGCUUUGAAAAGCGCGCCCUUUCCUUCAGGGCGGGCUCUUCAAAGCGGGGUUUUAACGCUUAGAGAAGGGAAGGGUUUGGAGACAUUUUGGUCCCUUCCGGGAUGCAAAAUGAGACGUUUUUUGCCACUGGAUCAGGUACGUCACCCUAUGACCUCUCCCCGAGUUUCGUUUACUCUCUCGGCUGCAAAGAUUGUUGAAUUUCUCGGCUACAAAAAAGCGUGCUAAAACUUCCAGGAAUUGAUAAAUAACCUAUCCUCGCCGUGUGAAAAAAAGAAUCCUCUUAAAAACGUAUUUUACCAUAAAACCUAAUCCACUUUCAGAAUUCUCAAAAAUGCGUUGGGUUCAAGUCUCAGUCAAGAAACUGAGAGAUUCCGUCAUUUUCGAAGCCGACAACAUAAUUUGUGAACUCAAGGGGCGUCAUGUGCUCUCCAGUCGUCCAAUUACCAACUUUACAGGCAAUGUCGACGGUAAUUUACUUUAUUUUAUGACCUGCAAUAGAGCGAAGGUGAAAUGUAUCAGUCUGUCGGGAAAAUAAUGUGGAUUUGUCGCGCCUUAAAAUCGCCCAUCAUCGCUUUGCGACGGGUCUUGAAAUUUGAUCGCGACAGCGACGAGGCUACAGAAAUUUUGUUGCAACAAAUCCACAUUAUUUUCCCGACAGACUGAAACAACGAAAACCAUACAAAAAACCUCUCUAUAACGAACAAUUUCAGAGUCCCAGAGUCAAUUUUAGGCCAAAAUGAACCUCCGUACUUCAAAACCCCUCCAUUAUCGAAAGAUUUUGUUAUACGGAGGUUCAUUUUGGCCGAAAAUUGACACAUGGGACCUCUGAAAUUGUUCGUUAUAGAGAGGUUUUGUUGUGCUCGUUGCUUCCACCACAUUUUACAAAAUUUUUUUAGCCCUUUCUAUACAAAGACUAAAAGUCGUCCAAUCGUAUUUUACCCCAAUUUCAGAAGCGAUUUUCCCUCCGCAUUCUCCCGUUCCCAUCAUCGCUGUUCAUCGUUACACCACCCUAUUCAUUGGAGGAUUGCCCCGAACCUCCGGCAUAAAAUCGAGAAAAGACCGGGCCCUACGAAGAGUCUAUUAUGACACAGAGAUCCCGUCUUUGCUGGGAUGUAUUCGAGGAUUGGCAUUUCCGACAAAAAAUGGGCCCAAAAAUCCGCUGGAAAUGAAGAAUGGGGCCUUCAAGGUGGAGAAUUCGAGUAAGUCAUGGUGAAAUGAGAAUGAUAACAGUCAACAGCCAAGAAAAAUUGAUAACUUGGAAUUAUCAGUCUGUCGGGAAAAUAAUGUGGAUUUGUCGCAGGAAAAUGUCUCGCUUCUUCGCAGUCGCGCACUAAAUCUCCAGCCGCGGCUAGCCAUCGCAAAGCGAUGAUGGGUGACUCCAAGGCGCGACGAAUCCACAUUAUUUUCCCGACAGACUGAUAAUUCUCAAAAAAAGUGUGUAAAAGGCUCUCAUUUCGCCAGUAUGGACUCUCAUUUCGCCAAACAUGGAUACCAGACGGGCCCAAGUUUUAGUAAAAGCAAAAUUCAAGACUUGGGGUACCCUGGCAUAAAACUUUUUUUAAUUUUGAAUAUCCCUUUCACAGAGGUUUUAAUUUUUGGCUAUCCUCGGCAGACUUUCAUCAGUCUGUCGGGAAAAUAGUGAGCACAAUUCCGAUCGUGUCGCUGAACUGAAAAACAGUUUAAUUUUGCCGCAGCAUAGUACAUUUUCUCGGCGGCGAUUUUUGGUAGAGCGAUUUUCGAUAGAGUGCUCAUUAUUUUCCCGACAGACUGAUUUCAGUACCUGAAUUUUUUCAGACGCGAUUCAAAUGGGCUGUUCCAACGCCUGCGACCUGAUCAAUUGCCAAAACGGUGGCUUUUGCUCUAUUGAAUGGCAUACCACCCAAAGAUCAUCGCUCGCCAAAGUCGGCUGCAAUUGCGAUCGGACCUCAUUCAUGGGGCAGGACUGCUCAAAAGAUUAUGGAUUACGGUUCGAUGGCCAAGUUUCACUCGGCUACGACAUCACCAAAGAGCUGGUUAGAGUCCAUAGUGACGAGCAGCGGCUGAGUUUCGCCUUCUCAACGAAAGGAGCGAGGAAAUUGAGGGCGGAACAGCGACUCAUCACUAUCAGUUUUGAGGUAGGUGACGUCAAUUUCUACUGUUAAAAACUUUUCUACAUGUCAAAAAAAUGCGCAAAUUUUAACAUGUAAGCCUAACAUUUCCAGGCCGAUCACGAAUUACUAAUCAUCCUAUGCAAGAAUGGCUCCUUAAAUUUUGUUUACCGUGGAAAUUUCGUUGCUACUACGACAAUUCCCGGAAAUUUUUCCGAUGGCUUCCGGCAUUUUAUUCAACUCAAUUUCGCCGAAUACGAACCUAUGAGGAUCGCAGUGGACAGUUCUAUGGAUAUCUUGGAUGUGGAUUUGGAUCCAAAUACUAUUCAAGAGAUUUGGAUGGGAAGCGGGUCGCCGGAGGAGAUGGAAAAAAUCGCGCGGUUUAGUCAGAAGUUCGAAGGGUGUAUUUCAAGUAAGUUUGAAAUUAAGUGGGCCAACUGGGGCCCUUUUAGACGCUUUGUGUCAUUCUAAUUAAAGUACGCACUUCUGGAAGCCUAGCAAUACACUUGGCCAAAUACAGAUUAUUUCCCGUCGGGACCCGUGAAAUAUGAAUUUUUUCCCACGACCCCCCCUCGAAUUUUUUUUGCUGGCGAGAAUAGUUUUUCGGCAAUAUUUUUUCACGGCUUUUCCUUACUGCGUGUAAAACAUUUUCGAGGUGCCGGCAUGAUUUCAGGAUUAAUAACAGUUCAUUAUUACAAGUCCUUCCGGAAGGUCGCCAGACUGAAAUCGGUGACACGCACUGUGCGAAGACAAAACUUUCCUUUGCACCUGUGCAAUUUCUUUCCUUUUGCACCGUGCAAGGCUUUUUCGGGCUGUCGCUCGGACACCUUUUUCGCACAGUUCAAGCGCCAGAAAUUGGUCCGGCGACUUUCCGGAAGGAGUAGCAACAUUGACACUGAGAGAGACGUUAUGAUCGCUAUAACUAACAUUCAUCUUUAAUAACCUGCACAUGUUUGACAUAUAUUCAUUACCUUUUAUUACCUAUUCUAAACAAAAACCUUCAAAAAAAAGAAUAGAUUAUUACUUCCUAAAAGAUUCAACAGGAAUAAUAUAAUAAUAAGUUUAUUUUUCUCCUUCUCAUUAACAUGAACAACAUAAAGGAUAACUUAAAGAUGGGAAACCAAUGAAAACGGCGCCAGGUCGGCCUAUCCUCCCUUCUUCUUGGAUACACCGACAGACAGUACGUCCCUUACAGCCGACGUUCUUGGUGUGCUGACCGUGAACAUGAAGACCCCAAUAGUGACGGAGACCCGGUGAGGACAGAUCUCUAUGCGUUCCAAAACGUCACGGAGUUUUGGGUCGAGAACAGUGAAGAUACCCUAAAAAAUUGGUCGCAACUUCAUCAAGUAUAAUACAAAACGCAUCCUAUUGUUUCCAGUUAAGCUUUUUUUACCUAAAACUAACAAAACAAAGAGAAACGGAACUCACUUUGAUGUAUCUGCCAUCCUUUAGUCUGUUUAGGAACAAGUUGGGGAUCUUGCACUGGGUGGGGUUCAACAAAAACGCGCAUCUCACCAGCGGGACGGAGAAAAUUAGUCAAAGCUUCAUCAAGUAUAAUAAAAAAAUGCAACCAGCUAGUCCCCGUAAAACAUUCUCGUUUUUUUUCGCCAGCAAAAAAAAAAAAAAUCGAGGGGGGUCGUGGGAAAAAAUUCAUAUUUCACGGGUCCCGACGGGAAAUAAUCUGUAUUUGGCCAAGUGUAUUGCUAGGCUUCCAGAAGUGCGUACUUUAAUUGAAGGGAGAGGAGAGACAUUUUAUACGACGAAACAUGUGUUAAAAGUUUCAUCGUAUAAAAUUUCCCCUUCAUCUUGGCAUGUCUGAACAGUGCAACGCUGCGCAAAAAUCUUGUCGCAACUUUUGAAAAGGCAACGAGUAAAAUCCAAGGUGCACUGUGUUAUCAGUCUGUCGGGAAAAUAAUGAGCACAAUGCCGCUACGCCAGCGUCGCUGAAGUGAAAAGCAAAUUGAUUUUCAUUGAAAAGCAAAAUGACUAGGCGAUGCGAUUUUCGAUGCGACGUUGCGCUCAUUAUUUUUCCGACAGACUGAUAACGCAGUGCACUGUGGAUUCUUCUCAUCACCGUUUCGAAGGUUGCGACAAGAUUUUUGCGCGGCGUUGCACUGUGCAGACAGGUCACGACUCAGGACAUUUUAUACGACGAAACCUUCAAGACAUUUUUCAUCGUAUAAAAUGUCUCUCCUCUCCCUUCAAUUACUAAGAAUCACAGCGUUUAAAAGUGCCUCAAUCCUUUGUACAAAACCCUUUCGUUAACAAAUACUUUUUACCCCCUACGGUUCAUUUCACAACGCUCUGUAUUUACAACCUCAAUUUCAGACCUCCUCAUAACCUACUUCGGAGAAAACGAUCUCGUGUUAACUCCGCUGAAACAGUAUCUCGAUUGGAAGUCAGCCAACAAAGAAGACUUUUACCUCCAUCCCGAGAAAGCCGACCCAUUAACGCAAGCAAAAUGUGCCGAGUUUGAAAAGCCCGGCAAAUUGCCCAGUGAGUUUUAUAUUCACAGCAUUUGAAAAGGCAUAUCCGUAUUUUACAUUCCAUUUUUCAGUCGAACAAGUUCAUGUUCAACUCCCAAUCUGGGACGCCAUGUUCGAACCCGUCUAUUUCAAUGAUACGCCGGUCUCGGUCAUCACAGUAACCCCGAUGGAAUACGAUUAUGUGAUCAUAAUCAUAGUCAUCUUAUUGGUUCUCUUUGUCACUGCGCUAAUUUUGCUGCUUGGAUAUUUGCUCUGCGCGAGCAAAUUUCCCAACAAAAAAGAGGCAAAGACGCCGAAGAAAAGUGGGUUUUUAAAAUACAGAACCCAUAGUGAAACGUAUUGUAAACUUGUACGUGUAAAAUUUUUUAGACACAACAAAAACUACCCACAGUUUUAUGCCAACAAGAGCCGACCUACGCAAAUCUCAGACGCCAUUGCUGUCGGAGAGUCCUUCAGCGUUGCUCGACCAAGAAUUGGUAAGUAGAAAGGGUGUUUUUAUACAUUCCCUGGUCAAAAACAUCCCAUGUGACCAAAACGUGUAAAAAGGAACGGAACCUCUCUACAACGAACUCUCGUAAAACAAAACUUAUCUACAACGAACAAUUUUUAAAAAUCUCUGGAAGAAAUUUUAGAUUUUAGGCCAAACUGAACCCACAGACAGUGAAACCCUUCUAUAACGAACAAAUUUUUUGGUCUCUUGUGACCCAUUGACAGAAGGUAAUACAUACGUAAGCAGUAUCUCUGUACAACGAAUCUCAAUGGGACCAAAAAAUUUCUUCGUUAUAGAACGGCGUCACUGUCCGGAGGUUCAAUUUGGUCUAAAACACAAAGAGUUCGUAGCAGAGACGCAGAUUUAAAAUUAGCCGAAUUUUGACCUUAUCAGUUUGCCGGGAAAAUAAUGUGGACUCGUCGCACGAGACAUUUUCUGUGACAAAUCCAAAUUAUUUUCCCGACAGGCUGACGUUUCCUUAUGUAAUAUUCUCCACAAUUUUUUUCAGCAAAGCAACGACGCCUACAGCGAGCCAGGCGACCGGCGGCGCCUCGAAAGCCCCGUCCCCCAGUUCUCCACAUUCCGCUCCCUCAAUUCCAGUGAUCUCAUUCAGCCUUCCAGUCUUCCAAUCAUCGGCGAAGCCGCCGAUGAGAUUUGUUUCGCCGACAGCGAAUAA